AUGUAUGCCAAGGAGGAGGUUGGGGAGAGCCGUGCACAUGUUGUUUAUAAUGGGAAUGCUUCUAGAAUCAAUGAAAUUGGGCUUCAACUUUAUCUAGUUUCUGAGUAUGACUUUGGCGAAGGCUUACCAUAUGCUCUUGUAGAUUGGCCAAAUGCUGGUGAUAAGUGGGGCUGGCAGGCAGGGAAAAAGAGUAACAAGUUCAGUUGGAUGAUUCCUUCGAAGCAGUUGCCAAGCUUAAAAGAUAUUGAUUUUGACUCAGAUAUGAAAGAGAUGACUACAUCUUCAGGGAUAGAAUUGCAGUCUUUACUCUCUGAUUCCCUUAUAAGAGCCAUUACUUUUAAGGUGGCUAAAAAAAUUUGUAGCAGUUUAACAACAAAAAAUCCUUUUCCGGCCAUUCUUUGUGAUAUUUGUUGUAUUGAUCCUGGUUUUUUCCGAGACUGUUGUUGUAUCCUUUGCCGCAACACUAUCAGUUCAGACUAUGAUGGGUGCAAUUACAUUCGAUGUGAGGCAAAAGUAGAUGGCUACAUAUGUGGACAUGUUUCCCAUCUAGACUGUGCUCUAUGA